AAAGGGAACCGAAUAUGACCAGGGAUGUGGAACACGUUUCUCAUUCGAUACCCAACUCUCGGACCUUUCGUUUCGGCCAGCUUCUAAAUUUUCCAAAAUUCUAAAUUUUUCUUCGAAAUUAAUUUGGCCAAAUAAACGCUCGACGGGCUCAAGAUGUGUGACGGAUGUGGAUCGUUGGAGCCGCGCGGAUGCCGCAGCCGGGAGUUGCGAUGCGGCAUCAUGUACACCACCUGCGACUGCGUGAAGCGGAACGGCCUGCAGGACAAGUGUCCGCGCUCCGCCUGCCAGGGCAGACCGGCCUGCCUGUGCUUCCCCUUCCCCACCUGCGGUCCGGCGGCCUUCCCGCUGCGCUACGCCAACAUGAUGAUGGGCGUGAACAACAAGCGGAUGCGCUGCGCCGCCACCGGAGCGCCAAACGGUGGCGCUGGAUGCGGCGGACGCGUUGCCGGCGGCUGCUGUGGAUGCGGUCCAUGCUGCUGAGCUAAAUGCCCACAACGCUGAUCCGUCAACAAGGAUAGCAUGUCCUGGGCUUGGUGAGCGCAGGUGUAGGAUCAAUGGACCAAAUGCUGUUGCCAGGCCCCAAAUCCUUCAGUAUGACCUCCUUCCGCAUCCCGUCGCGUGUGGUUUCUAAGUAGUUCCUGGCAAGUGUUUUGAUCGGAUCCUGAUGGGGCCACCUUCCUUGGCCGGACAUGUUGUCGUUUUGUGGCGCACUUUUGGUUGAUAAUAAAUUGCAAGAUGACUUAAAUCAAGAUGGAGCCAGCUGCGGAAUACCCAAUACUUGAUGGACUCAAAGCUUUUGGGCUCCAGUGUGAAAUUCGUCCGACUGUCUUGAUUUAAACGCAAUCUUAUGUGGGUAUCUGGAAUCUAUUUGGCAUUUAAUUACAUAAUAAACAAAUUUAAAGUAA